AUGUACUUCGAUGACGACCUCUUGGACUUUGACCUUCAUGAGGGCGCAGAGGGCAUGAGCGCUGGCGCUGCACCUGGCGACUUUGGAGACGGCGAUGCCGGCUCAGGCGCAGGUGCGAACUCCUUGUCUACGCUGCAGACGCUGAGUGCCUCUUCGAGAAGAAAGCGUGGCUCUCGUGGUGGUGUGCAGGCGCGGCAGUGUUCUGCUCGCGACAACUCUUCUACGGGAAAGCCGGCAGCGAGCAAGAGAUGGCGAUCUGGUGCAAUUCCUGCACCCCCGGCGUUUGACGGUGACAUCGAGAGUGACCCCUUUUGCUUUCGACACUACAGGCGUCGUUUGAGCCGCUGGGUGGAAAUCACUCGUGAAUACUUGCCAGCAAACGAACAAGCCCUACGAGCUCUCGAAGGUCUUCGUGGAGAGGCUGAGAUCGAGAUGGAAGAAGUUGACGACUCCAGGUACAACGUGGACAACGGCGUGGACAUCCUCUUGGGUGACCUGGAGGCCAGCUUCGGUGCCAAGGAGCUGUUUCGCCAGGGCGGAGUCAUCCGAGAGUUCGAAAGCUUGUCAAGGCUUCAGGGCGAGAGUGUGGCCUCCUUCAUACGUCGUUUCCGCCUUUUGGAACGGCGUCUUCAAGAGGCUCAUGUUCCUGCAUACCCUGAAGCUGCUCGAGUCGUGAAAUUGCUGGAUGCUCUACGUCUGGACGAGCGGGCCACCUCACAGGUUCUACUUGCUGCAGGGAAUCGUUAUGAACUUCGCCCGGUGCUGGACGCCUUGAAGAUUCAGUACCCUGCUGGAAUGUCAUUGACUGGCAUCCCUCGUAGCCGCAGCGACCUACGUGGACUACGCGGGCGAGGCGGCCGUUCGACGUCUUCGUCUUCUACAUCUUCGAACAGAACAUCAAGGGCGCGAGGUACGACAUCGAGACCCUGGCGACAAUGGAACACGUCCUGGGAAGAAGGCGAUGGCGAAGAGGAUGAAGCUCCUUGGGAAGAGACUUGGGAUGAAGCUGAUUUCGGCGAUGAGGGCCAGGACGGCAACCUCGCCGCGAUCGAUGAGGAUGCUGAGUAUGCCGAGGUCGACCCCGACGAUGUCUUGCCGGAGCAGUAUGAGUGGAACGAGAACCUCGGCGACUACCACAUCGAGCAUCAUGUCGAUGUUAAUCGCGGUGGUGAGGACGAAGGCAUCAGCGAGCUUGCUGCUGUGGCCCAAGCUCUGACGGUGACAAGCCAGAAGCUUGCAGGUCUGGUGCAGGCUCGUGGUUUCUACAACCCCGACUCCAAGGGCGGCAAGAGCAAAGGCAAGAACAGAAGCAAGGGCAAAGGCAAGAGCAAGGGCAAGGGCAAGUCUUCCGCCUUCCGUACCCCUGGCAAGUCUGCUGGCAAAGGAUCGAAGUCUUCUCCAAAAGGGAAAGGCAAGGGCGAUGCUGCUGUUCAGCAGCAGCGUUUGAAAGGCAGUCUGUGUUUGGGCUGUGGAUCAGCAGAUCACUGGCUUCGUGACUGUCCCACGUACAGUGUGCAGAAUGCCCAGUUGGCCAGUGCCACGGUGGAUGGACUUGUUCUCGACGCCGAAGGCGCGGUGUCCACCACAUGGAUGGUCGGUGUCACCGAGAGCGAGAUGAACCCCGUCUGUGCUGAGAAAAAUGUCUUUGAGCUCCCGUCCCUCGAAGAGUUUGAGGUCAAGCUCCACAAAGCUCCCAGCAUCCUCUUGCAGUACUGUCAGGGUCAGAAUUCCGCAUACAUGAUAGCAGAUACAGGAUGUCAGCGACAGGUUGCAGGUGAAGCUUGGCAUCACCAGAAGCAGUGCGAGAUAUCCCCGCUUCAACAUCUUGAAUAUCCUGAUAGCUGCAAAUUCAGUUUCGGGCCUGGUGAAGCUUUACCGAGUCAGGGACGAUUCCUUUACCCUGCGGCAUUGGGCGGGCAUCACUUGGUCUUGUGUGUCAGUUCAGUCAAGGCCCAAGCUCCCGCUCUCAUGUCCCGUAAAGCCUUCGAAGCACUAGGAGCUGUCCCUGACGUGUACGCUGGCACCAUUCACUUUCGAGCUUUGGCAUGUACUACAAAGCUUUGGCUGUCUCCGUGUGGCCAUCUUGCUGUGAGAUUGGACGAAUGGGGCCCCCAAACCUUUGACUGGCCCCCUCUUGAGGUGCCCGAGCACUUGCCCGACAUCAUCCAUCCGUCAUCGACUGCCCGGCAAAGCCCAUUCCUCAUGCCACCGCCCCCGAAAUGGCUGGUGCGUUGGCGACACGUGCUGAAGGGCCUCCUGACCUUCAUCAACCAUGUGAAGAAUAUGGUGUUGCUCUACUCGGCGACGACUCUGCGUCCGGCAUUGAAGGACUCGGUGUUGCGCAUCUUCGGCAUCCCAAGCAGUGCAACCACCUUGCUGACGACCACGGCGGCACUAGCAGCCCAGGCAUCACUGCAGGGAACCAAGUAUCUUCGAAGCCCCGAGACGUGCAAGCAUCAGUCCGGACUUCGAGCUUACGGAGCAGCAGGAGUUCGGGUGAGAAUAUGCGACUUGUGCGGGACGCGGUAUGUGCUCAACCGGGCGGGCACAGCCAUCUUGGCAACUCCAAAGGCAUCUCCGUCGGCCAAGACACCGCUCAACCUGCCAGAGCACGUGCUGAACGACCUUCGAGGUCACAAGCAAGGACAACAAAGUUCAGCGGCAAGCACUCAGUCCCAAGGCUCCUUGCCGCGCUUCUCAACCUCCUCGCGGGGAUUUGCGCCACGACCUCGACCUCAGGUACCACGGCGAUCGAACUCCCCGGAGCUUUCCCAGGCUAUGCCUCCCCGGGCGAAAGCUCAGCCGAAGACUCGCCCACAGCCUCCAGAGAUCUCCCUCACACAGCAACGGAGGCAAUGGCGUGGAUCGGACAGCGACCGGAUGAGCACGGGAACGGGCGUCUACAACUCGGACCUGGACUGGGCCGAAGCAUACGUGCCGGAUCCGGAGGACGAGGAGAAUCAGUGGGAGGAACAGUGGGGCGAGGAGGUGGGAGGGAGAGGAGCCACCGGAGGUGUGAGCCAUCUCCCGUGGCAGCAGGUCCCGAAGUUUACGCCAGGGGUGACAAGCGUGGACGAGUACUCUCAACGGCUUCGCUUUCUCAAAGAGUUGUGGCCAGCCGAGCAUCUGUCGUUGUUGGCUCCCCGGGCAGCCCUCUUGGUGGAGGGGGCCGCCUUCCAAAAGGUGAGCCGGAUCAAGCCCGAGCAGUUGCGAGGACCGGAUGGUGUGAAGUACCUUGUGGAGUCGCUGGGCGGGUCUUGGGGAAAGACCACAGUGGAGGAGCGAUACCACUUCUUUGAGCAGGCCAUCUUUCAGACGCAACAGAAGGCGGACGAGAGUAACGAUUCGUACAUUGCCAGACACGACGCUUUCUUUGAGGAACUCUUGAGCCGUGGGGUGACCCUUGAAGAGAUCCGCGCCUAUGUUCUUCUCCGUCAUUCCUUGUUGGCCCCGGAGGACAAGAAGCGUGUGAUCGUGGAAGCCAAGGGCGACUUGAAGUACCAAGAAACGGUCCGAGCAGUGCGGCUCUUGGGGUCCAAGUUCUUCACAGACUUUCAGAACCGUAGUGGCCCGGGAAAUGCCAAGGCAAUGGAUCGAAGCAAGGUCUACGACAUCCACAUGACGACAGACGACGACACCUUUGAGGAAGUGCACAUGGCGAUGGGACAGGACGAGGACCUCAGCGAUGAGCUCAUCCUGGCUCACUUCCUUGAGGCCAAUGACGAGGACGCCAUCUACAUCACGGAGUUUGAAGAUCAGAUAGUGGAGGCGGUGCAGGAGAGUGAGUUGGCCCCAGUCUUUGCCUCGUACCAAGAAGCUCGUCAAAAGCUGCGGGACAAAGCAAAGUCCAGGGGGUUCUGGCCCAUCAAGGGCAAGAUGAAGGGGAAGGGCCAGUCCGGGAAGAGAGGCAAGGGUUAUGGUUCCUGGGAUGGGGGCCGUCGACGUUCCCUUGCAGAUCGGAUCGCCAACUCCAACUGCAAACAAUGUGGGGCCAAAGGGCACUGGAAGCGGGAGUGCCCGAAGAACGACGCUAAGCCAGAGGCGACCUUGUUUGCCCAGAUCCAGCCGACCGAUCCCUUCCAAUCGGAGGUUCUCCAGACCCUGCCAGACUCCGAGCCCUUCAACAUCGAUGAGGACGACAGCGCAUGGACACAGAGAGGGGUUAGCACAGGGACAGGGAAUACUGGAGUAAUUCAGGACUUCGGGGAGACUUGCUUUAUGGUUGCGCCAAAGGCGCAAGGGCCGGCCACCGCGCCGAAGCAGGCAGUUUUGAAGAUAGCUUCUGAUGUCACCUUCCGUUUUGGAAACAGCGGGACACUCACGUCAAAAUUUGCGCUGCUGCUGCCCACCUCAGAAGACACAUGGGUCAGAGUUGAGGUGAUCCCCGGCCUAUCCAUAGUCAAUCUGUCAGAUCUCCUUCACGUCGGGGACAGGAACCACAGAACACAACACGGCAGCCUGAGCUCAAGCAGACAGCACGAAUCUUCGAAUAUCCUUCUCCUUCGCCGAGCGGCUUCCAACCGAGCGAUGCCCACCUCAGUCAAGCAGUCCGUGAAGAAGCUCCAAGAGAAGAUGCCCGAGGUCAAUCUGGACGAACCUCUCUCCGCGGAGGAGGAUGUGCACUUGGCCGAGGAACAGCUGACCAUGGUAAAGUACUUGGAGGUGGAAGUUGUCCGCCCACCGGGGAUUGCGAAUCUUCGGGAAUGGGGCCAAGUGGUGAUCGCGGCUGGCAAGCACAAAGGAAAGAGUCACGAGAAAACGUUCGAGACCGACCUGUCCUACUCGAUCCUCAUGGCUCGGAAGUCUUCUCUCAGCAGCCCAUGGGCACUGUCGUUCAAGAACUAUGCCCUGAUGCGACUGAAGCAGAUGGCCAAGACGGAGCAGGCGAGGUCCACGACCAAGGCGGAGGCAAAGAACAUCAAGUCCCAGGGUCCAGCCGUCAUGGACGGAGAGGAGAGCGAUGGGUGGAAGCUCUGCUCGCCGGAUGCCACAUCCCACACAGCUGCACCGAGCCGGGGCAGCAAGAGGAACAGUCCGCCGGGGGCAAGCUCGCAGAUGCCCAUUGCCAUGUCGCCGGAGGAGAUCAUGACGCGCCGGGCCGUGCUCGAAAGAGAGCUGACGAGGCUUCGGGAGAUCGAAGAUGCCGACAAGGACAGUUUCUUCUUGACCUUUAUCGCUACCAAACAGAACGAGGUUCAACAGGGCACUUUGCGAAUGAUUCAUGAGCUGGAAGUGGGAGACACCCCGCCAGGAAACAACCAUCUCCGCAAAGCCACCACACUGUACACCACGUCCAGACGACUGCAGCAAAGUGUCGACACUCGCUUUCAGACAGCGGGUCCAGAUCCCAGUGGGCGAAGCAACCGCAUGUUCCCACGAGAGAGGCGUCUUGCCAAACGGGUAGCCAUGCACCUAGGCACCAACCGGAUACAGCCACCUUGUGUGGAGGGAAUGCCGCGGGACAUGCCUUUACGUCAGACGGUUGUGGUAAAAAGGGUUGGUGGUGAAAUAGCUAUGGAUGGUGAGAUAGAGGAUUGGCACGGGCCGGGGUACUUCGCUUUAGGGGAGUCCGAGAAGAGGGAGUUAGUUAGGCUCCAUAACAAUUUGGGUCAUCCAUGCACUGAGACGUUUGUCAGAUUCCUGCAAGAACGAAAAGCCGAGCCUGCGCUCAUCCAGGGUGCUCGCGACUACUCUUGCAGUACGUGCUUGGAAACGGUUCCCACCCAAAAGUUAGCUAGGCCGGCGACAAUUCACACGCAUCGAGAUUUUAACGACACAAUCGGUAUGGAUGUUGCGUACUGGACCAAUAGCGGGGGGAAGAAGUUUCUGUUUACGCACAUUGUCGAUGAGGGCACACUGUUUCAACAAGCCAGUGGAGUAGGUAGGACGCCAGAAGAACAAUGGGAGUUCCUAUCGGAUCAUUGGUUUCAGUGGGCAGGGCCUUGUCAAACUUUGUAUGUAGAUCCAGCAGGGGAGUACAACAGUGAUUACUGGCGUCUAAAGCUGCAAACUGUAGGUGUGUGCACCAAUGUUUCUGCGGGAGAGGCUCAUUGGCAACUCGGUAGGACGGAAGCUCAUGGUAGGAUACUGAAGAGCAUGCUUUCUAAAAUGGACCAUGAAGAGCCCAUCCUGAACGACGAAGGUUUUCGUCGGUGUCUGAGAGCGGCAGUGCAGGCUAAGAACAGCUUGAGUAGGGUCCGGGGCUUCACACCUGAACAGGCAGUCCUGGGUAAACUUUCGCGGCUGCCAGCCUCUCUGAUUUCCGACAAUAGUGCCACGUGCCAUGCUUUAGCCGACAGUGAUCUGCCAGAAGGAGUCUCCUUCAGGAGGGACCUGCAGCGCCGUGAACAGGCCAGAGUCGCAUUCAUACAUGCAGACAACGACAACUCGUACCGUAGGGCUCUACUUCGUCGUUCGAGGCACCCCUGUGAAAGAUAUGAGCCGGGCGAUUGGGUUCUGUACUGGCGCCGACAUAAAGCCGGGAGUCGUGCGGAGCAAGGAAGGUGGUAUGGGCCGGGUCAGGUAAUUUGUGGGGAUAGCAAGGUAGUGUGGGUGAGCCAUUGUGGGCAAUUGAUCCGUGCAGCUCCUGAGCAGCUGCGAUCCGCGUCCUUGAGAGAAUGGCAAGGGGUGCUGGGAAAGACCAGCGCUGAGAGUUCACAAGGGGCAGUAGGUCAAGGGGUUAGAAGGGUGGUCGACCUUGCUGUUCUCGGAGGAACACCUAGCCGAGCAGAAGUGGAGAGCCAGGGAGAGGUUCCGCAGGAUGUUCCCGAACCAUUAGGACCCAUAGCCCCAGAAGGAGUAGCUGGGAUAGAGGCCGGGGGUACGGUUCCUGAAGUUCCUGAAGAAAAUGCGGAGGGAGAACAGCCAGAGAUGGAAGUCUCACCUGUGCCGUCGGUAGGUCUCGAGACAGAUAUGGUAGAUGCUUCGAACAUUCCUGUGCCUGAAGAUGACGAAGACGACCUCUUGUUUGGAGACAGUGAGUGUUUUUUCGCACAUCCCACACAGUCACAGGCAUGGGAAAUCAGUUUGCAUGAAACGGAGGUGCCUUUCGAAAACCUCCCGACGCCGCAGCAAGCUUUGCAUUUUGUAAUGUUAGCCACCGAGGCACGCAAGAAACGAGUUGAAGUAAGAUUGAGGGACUUGAACGAGGGUGAGAGGCAACAGUUCGUAGAAGCUAAGGGCAAGGAGAUUCGAGCCUGGCUUGACCACAGGACUGUACGUAAAGUAGCUGCGGGAACCCUUGAUGAUAGUCAACUCAUGCGUUGCCGCUGGCUUCUAACAUGGAAAGGCCCCGAGAAGGAUGGAGGGCCGAAACGGGCCAAAGCUAGGCUAGUGGUGCUUGGGUUUGAAGACCCAGACAUUGCUGAUAUCCCUAAUGACGCUCCUACUUUAGGUAAGGACGCCCGACAACUCAUCCUUCAGAAGGUGGCCAGUAACCGUUGGAAACUGAUCAACUUCGAUGUGUCCACUGCUUUUCUGCAGGGGGAGGGGGAUGGUAGAAAGCUAGGCAUAAGACCACCUGAAGAGUUAAGAAGAGCCCUCAACAUGCAGGCGCAGGAACAAUGCCAGCUCGAAGGCGGCGCUUACGGCAGAAUCGAUGCUCCGUUUUUGUGGUUUCAGACAUUUAAGAAGACACUUGAAGAGCUUGGUUUUGUGCAAAGCCCUUUCGAUGCCUGUGCUUUCAGCCUCGUUUCACAAAGGGCCGAUGGUAGUGCUCAGGUUCAUGGUGUUCUGGGAAUACACGUAGACGACGGGAUUGGGGGAGGUGAUGAGUAUUUUCGGAGGGUCAGAGAUCGGUUGCGGGGUAUCUACAGCUUUGGGUCGUAUGAUGAGGGCGAGUUCACGUUCACCGGGAUUCGUUUUCGCCAAUGGGACGAUGGGAGCAUUGAAAUGGACCAAGAGAGGUACAUAGAGAAGAUCGUGCCCAUACAUGUGUCCCGAGAGCGUAGAGUGAAUCCCACCGCGAUGUUGAACCCUGAAGAACUUAAAGAGCUGAGACGCCUCAACGGUAGCCUCCAGUAUGCUGCAGUGCAUUCUCGACCCGACCUAGCUGCAAAGGUAGGCUACUUACAGACAAGGGUCAACAAGGGCCAGGUUCAGCAUCUUCUGGAAGCUAACCGUGUCCUUCAAGAGGCCAAAGCUCACCCAAUCUCUUUGAUGGUUGUGCCAAUUCAAGAACAGCAUGUUACGUUUUGCACCUUUUCGGAUGCUUCCUUCGCCACGUCGAAAGACCAUAACUCGUAUCAGGGUACGCUGGUGGUGGCAACAGACUGGCGAAUGCUAGCCAACCGCGAAGCUGUGAUCAUUCCUGUGGCCUGGUUGUUCUGGGAAUGGUUCAAGAAUCCUGCUGUUGAUAUCGCACAUCCGGAAGAAGUCCUUUCCCACGUUCCCAUGUUCACUUGUGCUGUCCAACAUGUCUUCAUCCUCGCCGGCCCUUCCGACAGCUCCGAGGCCGACAGGACCGGGCUUAGGCAUAGGGGUUUCACAGACUGGGACUUCAACCUCGACCAGAUGGAGGGCUCGGAGGACUCCCAGCUCGACCCGAACCACUUGCGCCCCGAUCUGCCGGAGGAAGAAGAGGAGCUCUGA